ACAGCAUUCAACAGAGAGAGAGAGUCACUGAGGUUGACAGAAGAUCCUUCAGCAGAAAUCUAUUCAGCAGCACAAAGCUAAAGAUGAACAGAGCAACCACUGUAAUGAUUGUUAUCCUGCUCCUGUGUGCCAUUACCACACAGGGUAUUCCAAUCCCAGGUACUCAAGGACGUUGUCAGUGCCCUCAGACCACCUCCAAUCCUAUCAAUCCGAGGCACAUCAAGAAUUUGAAAUACAUUCCCAAAGGAUCACACUGUGAGACACUGGAAAUAAUUGUGACCAUGAAAAAUGGGAAUAGAUUAUGUGUGAAUCCUGAUGCCGGGUGGGUGAAGAUUAUCAUUAAAGCUACAAAAGGUGCCAGAACACACAAAUGAGAAAUGAAGCCGCAAUGACUUGAAUCUACACCUGGUAACCUGCAGUACAAUGAACACUGAAAUGAAGGAACACAGUCCAGGGUGUUCACUCUCUGAUGUCACCUUCCGAUAUGUUGUUUGAGUAGAAACCCUGCAUUGAUUCCUGAAGUUCAUUUCACUGUUUAACCCUGUCAUACUGUAAUUGUUUACACAUGGCCUAAGAAAGGAGGCUCAUAUUGUGAAACUUCGUGCCAGUACUGAGGUUUUGUUUUACAUGAUGUGAGGUAUACAAUUAUUCCAAAUAGAGUCUGACAUUGUUAUAAGCUACUCUAUGACUGAAAUCAAUCCACAUGUUUUGCAAAGUAAUUUCCAAUUAUCAGAAUGUGCCAGUAAAAUGGAAACCUUCACAGAUUUGUGAACUUGUGGUGGAAUCUAACGAAGUGGAUAAUGUCUGUUGUUAAAUUUUAAUGUUUGAAAUAAGAGUGGGAAUUGAUGCAAAUUUUAGAAUAACUGAUUUUUAAAGCUUUAUUAUUUCACAAGAUUUAGUCCUCCCUGCCAAAGCCAGCACUUACUGUCUACCCCUAACUGCCUUGUUAAUGUGGCAGUGAGUUUUUUUCCUGUUCCACUGCGUUUGUUGUGGUUUAGGUUCAGGCAUCCUGCUGUUAGGCAGGGAUGUUCAAAAUGAACUUGUAAUCAUUUCUUCAUGACAAGCUACCUCCAUACUCCUACUAUUUUACCUGGAAUGAGUGAGUGACAAUCCGUAUAAGACCAAAUUGAGAAGAAUUGUCCUUAGUUAUUUCAACUGAAACUAUCUGGAAUAAGAAUGGAGUGAAAGAUGUAAUAAAUUAAAUAAACACAUUCCUCAUAUUGCUAGCCAAUAUAUUGAAAUGUGAAGUAAGAACAGACUAUGCUGGAAAUACUCAGCAGUUCUGGCAGCAUCUGUGGACAGAGAACCAGAGUUAAUGAUUCACAUCAGUGAUUGUUCAUCAGACCUGAUAGUACUUAGAAAUGUAACAGUUUUGAAAGCAGGCAUGGAAACUGGUGAGAGCAGGAAAUAACAACAGGGCAUGUCUGUGAUUGUAUUUGUGGUAGAAGAGAUAUAAUGACAGGAGGGAUAAUAGAGCAAGGCAAAAUGAGACAGCAAUAGGACAAGAAUAGGAUCAAAAACCAUGUUUAGAGGAGGUGUACAUGGGAAAUUGCCGAAUCACCAUUAAUAGCUACUGUUCAAAUGAAAGGAGAGGCGCUUGGAGGAGGGUCUAUGAUCUGAAAUGAUUGAAUCCAAUGUUGAUGCCGUAGGCUGUAAAGUGACUAAUUAAAAGUGGAGAUGAUGUUCCUUGUUUAUGUUGAUCUUUAUUGGAACGGUCUAGGAGGCUAGGGAGAGAAAGUUCUGAUUGGCAGUAGAGUGGAGAAUUACUGUCAUGUGACAUUGACAGAAACCAAAUUUGUUGCAAUCUUUCUUUAGCUGCUUGAAUGUUGCUAUUGAAUGUGAAAUAUUGAUGAUAAAAUAUACAGUAUUUAAAGCUUUUUAAUUUUGGACUAGUUACAGUUCCAGUUUGAAUGAAAAUGUUAUUUUAAAAUUCAAGGACAAAUUGUUAUCAUUAAUAUUGAUGCUUGUUGACUGAGGUGUUUAUUGAACACUGAUAUUUUAACUGAGCAUUGGGAUUUUCUCAAUAAAACAUUGAAUUUUAGGAUCUAUUCCAAACGGAAGUCUGUGAUAAGAAAUUCUCUGUAGAAAUGUCACAUUUGAGGUGGUAAUGCUGCUUAUUUUAUGAUCUUAACUGGAAAAAAAUUGCAUUUGUAAAUUAACUAACCUCUCUACAGUGAUCAGUGGAAAUUUUUUACAUUGAGGGAUUUUUCAUUGACUGGGUCCUGUUGACUGAAAGCCUCAGAAGGCUUUGUGUAAAAGUUGUGUUCAGCAAAAAGAUGAGUGUCAGUCAGCAACAUGUAACUGAAUUGUUUAUGAAUGAAUUGUUUGAGUAUUUUGUACCAUUGUCAUGAAAUGUAAUUGCUUAAAAUAAACUUGACUUCUUAUGAA